UUAAGAAUAUUCAUGAGAACGCAGCGAUCAGAGUAAAAUCAGGAGCGGGGGUUAACUAGGCGAUGUGAUGCUGAUUGAAAGCAGAUGGUGUGUGUGUGUGUGUGUGUUGUGCUCUGUUGGGGCGCCUUGCUACGUUUGAUGUCACAGGAUGAAAAGAGCUCAGAAAUAACAGGAUUUCAACCGCAUCGGCCUUGAAGCAGCAAAAGCAACAGACACAGCCCCCCGCAGCCACAUUUCCUUAUUAUCAUUCUUUUGGCCUAUUUCUUUUUUCUUUAACCUUUUUUUUUUUUUGGAGUGAUUGUGACAUUUGUAUUUUUGCAGGUACAGCAGGGUUAUUUUCAGCACACUGCUUCUGUGGGAUGGAACCUGGAGGGAGGGAGGGAAGGAGGGAGCUGUCUACAUUAAUCAUCCAACAGUGGAGACGUGUUAUGCCGGAGUUGACCCAGAAGAGUGAAUUUUUCCCCUCACGAGCUCUCUCUCUAUCUCUCCCUCUCUCUCUCUCUCUCUCUCUCCCUCUCUCUCUGCAGAAACCGCCAACCGUCGAACUCUCGCGAUACUUCGCGCGCUCGCGCUCCUUCUCUCGGGCGAGAUGUAUAAAAAAAGAGAAAAGGAGAACGGGAACAUCAUCAUCAUCAGGAGGCAGACUCAGCUGACGCGGCGCUGGUUGGAGGCUGUGGCCGCGGAGAGGAGGCUGCUGCAGCCAUGGAAAACAGCUGAAUGUUGAUCCACGGAUGGCCAGUUCUACUCCUGCUGUGCACCAGCAUCAUGACAAGCCCAUUCCCACCACAGACCGCUACAAUGGCUGUUUAUCCAUCGCCAUGCUGAGAGGAGAGCUUCUGGACCUUGACUCAGUUGCCAUGGUGACCCUUUAGCAAGAACCCUGGCGAUCACAUGAACAGAUCCAGGUAACAAUUUCAAUCUGCUGCCAUGGCGAUGCAGUAGAGACACCCCCUGUAUAAGUCGUAAGCCUGUUGCUAUGGUGAACCUGUAACAAAGCAACAGUCACCAUGGGAACGUCCAGGAUGUUCCGCAUCUUCGUCGUGCUGGGCUCAGCCUUCAUGAUCCUCCUCAUCAUCAUCUACUGGGACGACGUUGGCGCCUCUCAUCUGUAUUUGCACACGCCCGUGUCGCCGGGGCCAAAGAUCCCGCGUCCCCCUGCCCAGCAGCGGCCUCAGACCUCUCGGACCCCAUCCUUCCUCUCCGACAUUGACGCCUUUGUCAACCAGUUCUUAGAACCGGGAACUGGUGAACCCACAGACCCCGCCCCUGUUGACACAGGCAACCAAUCGGAGAAGGCGGAAGAGCGCUAUGUCCCACGGCAGGAGUGGAAGAUUCACCUGACGCCACUGGCAGCAGAGCUCCGGGACAGACAGGAGCAGCGGCGGAGGUUACUGCAGGACAUGUGCUCCAACGACAGCGUGGCGUUUCCCGGCAAAAACCGCUCAUUCGAUGACAUCCCUAACAAGGAGCUCGACCACCUGAUCGUGGACGACAGGCAUGGCAUCAUCUACUGCUACGUCCCGAAGGUGGCGUGCAGUAACUGGAAGCGGAUCAUGAUCGUCCUCAGUGAGAGUCUGCUGCAGGACGGCGUCCCACAGAGAGACCCGCUGACCAUCCCCAGGGACCUGGUCCACAACAGUAGCAUGCACUUCACCUUCAACAAGUUUUGGAAACGCUACGGAAAGUUCGCAAGGCACCUCAUGAAGGUGAAGCUGAAGAAGUACACCAAGUUUCUUUUUGUGCGGGACCCCUUUGUGCGUCUCAUCUCCGCCUACCGGAACAAGUUUGAGCUGCGCAACGAGGACUUUUAUCGGCGCUUUGCACAGGUCAUGCUGCGCCGCUACGCCAACCAGCCAACGCCCCCCGCCUCUGUGGACGAGGCGUUCGCAGUUGGUGUCCAUCCCUCCUUCUCCCACUUCGUCCAGUACCUGCUGGACCCUCAGACAGAGAAGGAGAUGCCCUUCAAUGAGCACUGGCGGCAGGUGUACCGGCUCUGCCAUCCGUGCCAGAUCCAGUACGACUUUGUGGGUCACUUGGAGACGGCAGAGGAGGAUGCCGAGCACCUCCUCCGCCAGCUGCGGGUGGACAACGUGGUGGAGUUCCCCACCACCCACCGGAACCUCACGGCCAGCAGCUGGGAGGCCGACUGGUUCAACGCCGUACCCGUGGAGGCGCGGAGAGAACUCUACAAGCUGUACGAACCCGACUUCAGGCUUUUUGGCUACGAGAGACCCGACUCGAUCCUCAACGAGUGACUCGAUUUCCAUGCGCAUACAAAAAAAAUUUCUUUUAUGUAAUGAAAUAAUCCUACACUCCUACCUAACAGUGACACCUCCCUUUGUUCUGGCCUUGCAGAUCUGUUCUCCAGUCUUGUCUGCUCCACACUGAAUGUCCACAUCAUUAGGGACACCCACUUCUCUAAGGAAGCACACACACAAACAGUGAAGCCAGGUAACAGCUGUUAUUUAUAUUGUUUUUUUCUUAAUGGAAUCACGACAACAAUGAGAAGCACACAAGUGAGAGUGGGACAGUUGGGAUACGGCUUGUGCAAACAACAGGCGUCCCCAACAUUUAGUGUAGUCCCAAACACAAAACUCCAUACUCCGGUGUCUUACACUCCGAAUGUCGAUGUCACGCCCCACGCCUGCGAUUUGUGAUGUCACAGCUCUGUUGUGACCAGCUGUGGUGAUCACACAGGCCUCGCCGAAGUGAUGUCACAGAGCCGUGCUCCACGCGCGUGGUGUCACAGCAACCCCCUUCGGUUCGUGCCAUCGCCGCAGACGUGGUGGCUUUGUAAAAAGUGGGCGAUUUACUUAAACAAGGUGUCAUUAGAUCAGUUUAUUAUGUAGUUGCACUCCAGUGUUGGCUGUCACCUUAAUUUAUUUCCCGUUGUGCAAGUGCAAUGUUUGUGUCAAGCAUGAUAGGGAUUUUUAUCAGAAUCGUUUUAUACCUCGUACACAGAUCUAGAAAGAUGUUCAUGUAUUACAGAACACAAAAAUGAAGCCUCCUGCUCUAUUUAAGACCAAGGUUCAUUAGGUUCCAUUAAAUUUUAUUCGCCAGGAUCAUUUCUGUUUGAACAUUUUAGCGGCGUUUCCCGAGCAUGCAGACAGAAACGCCACCCCGUUGCCCCGACACGCAGAAGCACAGCAGCUCCGGUAAACACUGGACCCAAUAGCCAGUUUUGUUUCUGCUUGUCCUUGAUCAGAUAACUGGAGUUUCAACAUUCUUCUGAUGUCAUCUCAGCCACACAUCCACAGGUGAAGCCCCACCCUGGAUGUAACCGUUUUUUAUAAAGGGAACAUUUUCUUUUAACAGUAUUCGAUCAUCUUUGGGGUUUUUUUAAUGCACAAACUGGAGUUGUUUUACGCGGAACUAUACUGGAGAACCCUGGAGACUGCAGCAGUGCUGUUGCCCCCCCACCCCUGAAUACGAUGAACGGUUUUUAAGGGCAGCAUCUUAAUGGGAUGCAGUGUUUUGUAGCAAAGAGAUGAACGCAUUACCCAAAGCCGACAGUGUUAUUGAGUAGGUCAAUGCUAAUGCGUUGUUGUGAGCAUACAUCACUCCACAGGCUGGGUUGACGCAAAGCAUUAUAAAAAGCCAACCGUGAAGUCGGCGGGAGACGAAGCUGUGGUCAGUAUUAACGUCAAAGUGUUAAGAGUCAGGCUCAGUCACGUCACGAUAUGGACACAGGUCGGUUUAUAUGAUUUAUAUAACGAGCUGGAUGAGAAGACAGUGCCUUCGGUUGCAUAUGUUUACACAGCAAAAAUAAAAAAAGUAUUUUUGUAGAAGGACUUCAUUUUUACACAAUACAGUGUGAGCUGUAUGAGGCUGCCACGAGGUCCAUUUGAUAUGCCGGGCCUUGUUUACGUUGUGCGUUUAUUACUUGGGACAAAAAAGGGAAUUACGGAGCCCUCCAAGCAGAUGCGCCUGACGGUCCGUCUGGGGAUUUGUAGGAUUCCUGAUACGGUGAGGACUUUUUUUAUGCGGUCGUGUCUGGUGAAUUUCUCCGCGUGUCCUUUACCACAGUGGACUACUGUGUUGGUCUGUUCUGUACCAGAUGUCACGGACACGCUCUGCGCCACAUUGUUCUGCAAGUUGCUUUGACGCACGUGUUCAGUCUGUGUUUACUCGGUGUGGUCUCGCGGCCUUUCUUUUCUUUAUUCGUUUCCUGUGAGUGUGGGAUGUUUUAUCAGAGUGUUUUUUUAAAAACAUUUGAAUCAAACUUUCACUUUUUAAUGGCUCAGUUCGCACAUGAAUUGGAUAUCUGUAUUAGAGCAUCAGCUUCUGUGCGUAUGUCUGUUUUUUCCCUUGUGUCUGAUUGUUCCAUAGAAGGUUAAUGCUAAGACAAAAAAAAGAAAACACGCCUCGUCAUCCCACAUUCCCACCUUACCAGUGUUUGACUUGCCAAGUAAACUGUAUUUUCAUAUCUCUUUUGUAUUUUCAUGUUUUUUCAAUUGUAUUUUCUUUUAAUUUUUUUCUGCCGCUUUUUUUCCCCCCUGUGCAAAGUGCAAAAUGGAGUCAUUUUGUCAGGUAAAAAAACCAACAACAACUGUUUAUUUAUUAACAGAAUAAAACCCAUGAGUGCAUUCUGCUUUUGUAAUGGGGGAAUCCGUUUCAAUAGGCCUUUGUUAAGAGUUUGGCUGCUGAUGUGCAUAUAUAUAUAUAAAUAUUUUCAUCCUAACAGAUUAAAUGUUUGUCAAAGCUGCAGCACCAAACUUUGUUGUACAUUUUGACCUCAUUCCACUUCCUCACAUCAAACAGAGGCACACACCAAAAUCUGUUUUUUGUAACACAUGCAUCGUUCCUUCUCCCAUUCAUGGGAAAAAUGCAAACUCUUUAUGCAGUGUCAUCUGUACUUUGAUGCCAUUAAUCAUCUGGUCUUCAUACUUGAGAAAUAAAGAUUGUGGGGCAUGA